AUGCACCAAGGCAUUAUCUACCUGACUCUGGCAGCACUGUCGAUAGCUGCCCCGGUUACAAAACGCUCAAUCAAUAACAAUGUCAGCGACGAGUUCCAAAACAUUGACAGCUUUCCGAACCCCGAUGCUCAACAACUUCUCAGUACUGAGCAACGAGCUCACGGUACCCUUACAAACAGCACUCCUCCAGCCUCCAUCAGCUCCGAUACUGUCAUCAGCCUUCAAGUCAUCGCUGCCCAGGAGCAAUUCGAAGCUGCAUACUUCAACCAGUUGUUAGCAAACGUUACAAACGCAGAGCCAGGAUUCCAAUUCAACAGUACUGAGGCUAAACAGUUGGCUAUUGACUCCCUGACUGCGAUCGUCGCUCAAGAGGAACUUCACGCCCUUGACGCGAUCACCUCCCUUCAACACUUCAAUCAAACCCCCGUAGCACCUUGUCUGUACGAUUUUCCAGUUUCGACAUUCGAUGAAGCCAUCACUCUUGCUCAGACUUUCACUUCUGUCGUGCUUGGGACGCUGCAAAAUGUCGUGGUUAACAUGGGUGAACAUGGUGACGCCGCAUUAACGCAGGAUAUCUCGUCAGUCAUAGGCCAGGAAGGCGAGCAAGAAGGCUGGUUUCGACUACUCGGUCACAACAUUCCCAGUGAAUUGCCUUUCCUCACAAACUCGGUGCGCGACUUUGCCUUCAACGCCCUAAACCAGGACUUUAUCGUACCAGGCUCUUGUUCAAAUAUCGAACAAGUCACGGCUCUACAGGAAUUGCACGUUAUGCAGCCAUUGACUGUGAUUAGUUCCUUUGAUCCCAGUGAGCAUCCCGCGAAUGAGGUUGUUCAGCUGAGCUUCACACUUCCCAAUGGAACCAAGCCUGUCGACUAUCAGGUGGCCUAUAUCAAUCAGCAAAACGUGCCAUUUACGCUAUCAUACAAUGUCACCAGCCAAGACGGACAGACUCUAUUCAUCCAAGCCCCAUUUCCGUAUACCGAGCACAUCCUGAAUGGCCUUACUAUAUUAGCCAUCGUUCCUACAUCGACUGCGAACAGCUUGACUUCUAACCAGGCUGUUGCCAACGUCACGCUGGCAGGUCCUGGAUUGAUUAUCGUGAACUAA